UCUUGUGUGGGAACAAAGCGGCCAGCACGAAAUCCUGAAGGGCAAAAAGGAUGGGAAAUCGAUAUUUCUGGGAUCGACUGCCUCGUGCUGUCUGUCUUUUACUCGAUCGAUCUUCCCUCAAUCAGCUGCGGUUCCUUGUUGCUGAGCAGGAGACGAAGACGCGCAGCUAAGCGAAAAUAUUUGUUGAAAGCGGUGAAGUUGUGAAUAGAGUCCUCGCCACAACGGGGCGAUAUGUUCAUAGGUGAAAACUAAAGUAAUCCCCAUUCUGCAGCCUGGUAAUGUCCUCAGACCUGCCUCUGCAUGUCGCAGUUGAGUUGUUGAGCUCAACGAGAGACCCCGCUGCUUCACCAUUGCAAUUCCCCUAUUAUUUUCCCCCAGCUUGUCAGCUCCGCAGUGUUUGCUCGGACGGACUCGGAGUCUGCGAGUGUGGAGUUGGUGUAUCAUGGCCGCCUGAAUACAAAUCUGAGCACACUGUUUCACUCUCUCCUUUUAUCCCCUUCCCCUGAGUGCCAGUGUUUGUUUUGUUUCCAGUUCUCGAAGAUUUCUCGGAUUUUAUCCUGUUUCUUUAGGAAUAAAUCAUUCAUGUCCAUGCUCAAAAAUGCAGCCACCACCGAGAAAGGUAAAGGUGACUCAGGAGCUGAAGAACACCCAUGUUGAGCAGAUGACCAGGCUCCACAUCAAGCAUCAGACAGAAUGUGACUUACUGGAAGACAUGAGGACUUAUAGUCAGAAGAAAUCCAUCCUCGAGAGGGACUACGCACAGGCUCUGCAGAAGUUGGCCAGCCAGUACCUGAAGAGAGACUGGCCAGGGAUCAAACCUGAUGACCAGCACACUGACUACAGGAAUGUGUAUGCGGUGUGGAGGGCCUACCUGGAGGGCACGGUGCAGGUGACGCAGUCGCGCAUCAACGUCUUCGAGAACUACAAGAACGACAUCACAGAUCCGGCCAAAACCCUCCGGCUCUACAAGGAGCAGCAGCUAAAACGGUGCAUCGAGCAGCUGGGCCGCAUCCAGGCGGAGCUGCAGGACUCGGUGAAAGACCUGGCCAAGUCCAAGAAGAAGUACUUCGAGCUGGAGCAGAUGGCCCAGGCCGUCAGGGAGAAGGCCGACAUCGAGGCCAAGUCAAAGCUGGGGCUCUUCCAGUCCAGGAUAAGUUUACAGAAAGCUAGCGUGAAGUUAAAAGCCAAGAGGAAUGACUGCAACUCAAAGGCCACCCACGCCAGGAACGACUACCUGCUAACGCUGGCGGCAGCUAACGCACACCAGGACCGCUACUACAAGACCGACUUGACCAGCGGCAUCAAGGCUCUGGAUGGGAAUGUGUACGACCAUGUGAAGGAUUAUUUGAUCUCCUUCUGUCGGACAGAACUGGAGGCCUUCCAGGCCGUCCACAGCACCUUCCAGUUCCUCCUGGAGAAGUCCAGCCGCGUGAUGCAGGACUUCAAUCAGCAGCUUUUCAUGCAGGAAAACCCUGUCUUUCACAAAGCACAAGACUUCCAGUUCCAGCCUAGUGACAGCGACGCGACUCUAAACUCCAUUGAGCAGUUGGUGGACAUAGAGCCGUCUCCGGUCAGUGCCAUGAGAAUGACCCUGGCUCAGAGUCGGCAGCUGGAGUCGGACACGGGCACCACGGAGGAGCACAGCCUGAACAAGGAGGCCCGCAAGUGGGCCACGCGCAUGGCCAGAGAGCACAAGAACAUCAUCCACCACAAGAGGGCUCUGGAGGAGUGCGAGACUCUCGGGAUCCCGCCCACUGAGCAAGGCCGCAAUGACCUAGAGCUAAAGAUCGAAGAGGCCAAAGAAAACAUCCGCAAGGCUGAGACCGUAAAACUUAAGGCCGAGGCUCGUCUAGACCUGCUGCGGCAGGUGGGUGUUUCCGUGGACACGUGGCUGAAGAGCGCCAUGAACCAGGUGAUGGAGGAGCUGGAGAAUGAGCGCUGGGCUUCACUGCCCACCCUCACCACCCAUGACCCCACUCUCUCGACUGCGGUUGAUCUGGAGCGAGAGGACGGGGAGGACCUGGAAGAGAACAUGGAGGUGUUUGACGACAGCAGCUCCAGCCCGUCAGGAACGCUGCGGAACUACCCCCUCACCUGCAAGGUGCUCUACUCCUACAAGGCGUCCCAGCCCGAUGAGCUGACCAUCGAUGAGCAGGAGAUGCUGGAGGUGAUUGAGGACGGAGACAUGGAGGACUGGGUGAAGGCCCGGAACAAGACGGGCCACGUGGGCUACGUGCCAGAGAAGUACCUGCAGUUCCCCACCUCUAACAGCUUACUGAGCAUGCUCCAGUCCCUGGCCACUCUGGACACACGCUCACACACCUCCAGCAACUCCACCGAGCCCGAGCUGGCCUCAGGCAGCACCAACGGAGACGCCAGCAUGAGCUUUGUGAAGGCCAUGUAUGACUAUGAGGCCCAGACAGACGACGAGCUGUCCUUCCCCGAGGGGGCCAUCAUCCGCAUCCUGAACAAGGACAACCAGGAGGACGACGGCUUCUGGGAGGGCGAGUUCAACGGCAGGGUGGGCGUGUUCCCCUCUGUGCUGGUGGAGGACCUGAACACCUCGGAGAACGGAGACUCCCACUGGGGACACGACGCACAGGUGUCUCCCUCCACGAGGGGCCACUCCUCGUUGCCGCCGCUGCCCCUGUACGACCAGCCCCCCGGCAGCACGUACGCCAGCCCGGACGCCCCCUCGGCCCACCCCCUUCCCCGCUCGCCCUCCGUCAAUGGGGAGCACAAGCUCAUGCCCCCCUCCCACAAAGGGCCUGCACACAAUCAUAGCUACACUUUAAGUCCAGAGAGUCCUGGAUUCGCCCCACAGCCCUUGAGACUAACUCCAGAUGCAGCUGGUCCUAGCAAGCUGCGUCCUGUGCGAGCAGCGCCACCUCCACCCAAACAGCAACAGCAGCAGCAGCAGCAGCAGCGGCGCCCAGCCGAGAAGACGGAGGAGGUGGAGAUCACGCUGGUGUAGCAGCAGCGCCGCCCUGGUGGCCAGAAACAACCAAACUCUCACCUCCUUCCCGCCCUCCUCUCCUCUUCCACCUCCUCCUCCUUUUUACAGGAUGGAGGGCGGGUCUUAACAGGACAGCCGACCAAUACCCUCGUCGUCUCAUGCAGGAGGGAGGGGCGGCGCUCAAAGCCACGCCCCUAGUCUCCAGACCCUGGCAUAACGCUCCCCUCCGUGUCACAGACUCUCUGGUGCCUUAAACCACUCUCAUGCCAAACACCAAGCCCUCACGUCUCCUCAUGCCUUCAGCCCCCGAGGGAAACGGGAAACUUGGAAGAACACCAGGAAGUGUUUUCCAAGUGUUUUCCAAACCCCAACGUAGAACUAUAUGGAAAAAACAAACAAACAAACAAACAAACAAACAAACAAAAACUGAACAGUGACUGAAGAUUAGGAGGAUCUUUUUGCAUGUCGAUCCCCAGCUCCCCCCACAUGAUGUUGAUGGUGUCGUGUAAUAUCUGGAGUUAGCCAGUGGUGUGGUCCGAGUGCGUUCAUUUAGAUCUUGUGAUCAUAGCCGCCAAUGAAUCUGAUAUCUGAUAUCGAAAAAAAAAACACGUUUGUGAUAACUGUCUAGAUGUUCUAGAAAAAAAAAAAAGAA